AUGAUGCAACCAAGGCUUUCAGCUGUCUUCUCUUUUUUGUUGGGUUUGUCAUUUUGCCUGGCAAUCCCUAUUCCCCUUGAAGACAGCCAUGAAUUCACAGAGAAAGACCUUCAGUUUGCAGAGCACUAUCUCAGGACUCACUAUGAUCUCCGUACGAAUCCUGCCGGUGUAAGGAGGAAGAGCAUCAAUACAAUGGCCUCUAAACUUCGAGAAAUGCAAGCAUUUUUUGGCUUGGAAGUGACAGGCAAAUUAGAUGAAGAAACAUAUGAACUGAUGCAGAAACCAAGAUGUGGUGUUCCAGAUGUGGGGGAAUAUAACUUCUUCCCCAGAAAACUCAAAUGGUCAAAAACUAAUUUGACAUACAGAAUUGUGAAUUACACUUCAGAUCUGAAACGUGCUGAAGUAGACAGAGCUUUUAAGAAAGCAUUCAAAGUUUGGUCUGAUGUGACACCACUUAACUUCACCAGGAUACGAAGUGGUGUAGCUGAUAUCAUGAUCUCCUUUGGCACUAGAGAACAUGGUGACUUUUAUCCAUUUGAUGGACCCUCUGGAUUACUGGCUCAUGCUUUUCCCCCUGGUCCAGACUACGGAGGAGAUGCCCAUUUUGAUGAUGAUGAAGCUUGGUCAGAUGAUUCUAGAGGGUAUAACUUAUUUCUUGUUGCUGCCCAUGAAUUUGGUCAUUCAUUGGGACUUGAACACUCUAGAGACCCUGGAGCUCUGAUGUUUCCAAUUUACACAUACACGGGAAAAACUGGUUUUGUGCUUCCUGAUGAUGAUGUGCAAGGGAUCCAAGAGCUCUAUGGUGCUGGAGACACAGAUCCCAAUCCAAAACAUCCCAAAACACCAGAAAAAUGCGAUCCAGAUUUGUCACUUGAUGCAAUAACAGAACUUCGUGGAGAAAUGCUUAUCUUCAAGGACAGGUUUUUCUGGCGACUGCAUCCUCAGAUGGUUGAGGCAGAACUGGUGUUACUUAAAUCCUUCUGGCCAGAACUUCCAAAUAAAAUAGAUGCAGCUUAUGAAAACCCUGUCAAAGAUCUUGUGUUCAUGUUUAAGGGAAAGAAAGUCUGGGCUUUGAAUGGUUAUGACAUAGUUGAAGACUUUCCUAAAAAGAUAUAUGAAAUGGGAUUCCCAAAAGAAAUGAAAAGAAUAGAGGCAGCAGUCCAUAUUAAAGAUACCGGCAAGACUCUCUUUUUUACUGGAAAUAAGUAUUGGAGUUAUGAUGAAGAGAUGGAGGUUAUGGAAGCAGGCUACCCCAGGCUGAUAGAAGAAGAAUUUGCAGGAAUUGGUGAUAGAGUGGAUGCAGUCUAUGAAAGAAAUGGUUAUCUCUACUUUUUCAAUGGACCACUGCAGUUUGAAUACAGCAUCUGGAGCAAAAGAAUUGUCCGUGUCCUGCACACUAACUCCAUAUUUUGGUGUUAAUUAACCAUUGAGUGUCAUGUCAUAGGCUGCAGAGCAGCUUGCAGUACAUGGAAAUAAUAAUAUGGGCAUACAGAUCUAUUAGAGGACAGCAAGGUUCUGUGAGCAAGAACUGGCUACCUACCACCAAAUGUAUACUGUAUAUAUGGAACUAUGCAGCUGUAUGUCAGUCUGGGACUGAAUUAAAUUAACAGGAUGAGCAUUUUAGGGGGCAUUACAUAAUUUAAAUUUUGUCUAGUAUUAAAGUGAGAUGCUAGAUACAUCCUACAUGAUCAUGAGCACUAUUAAUUCCCAGUAAUC